AUGGAGACCAAAGAGGAACCUUCUGCUGUGUGGAAUCAGACUGCUAACACAGAUUCAGGCAAUGCUGCACAGGUGCAUUUUGAAGGUGGCACAGUGGCCCAGAUAGUGUACAGUGGAGAGCAGAGUGACCGGCCACAACAGCAGGUGGUUUAUACAGCUGAUGGGAACUCCUAUACCUCAGUGGAGUCUGCUGAACAUACACUCGUCUACAUCCAUCCUGCAAAUGGAGCUCAGACUGUAUUUGGUGAUCAGCCGCAAGUAGCUUACAUUCAACAGGAUGGUACGACGCAACAGGUCACAGUUUUACUGCCCAGUGGACAGAACAUGAACACUGCCAAUCUGCAUGUUCUCAGCAAUGUAGCUGAGGCCCCGCAAGCCAUCCUAGAACCAGUUCCCCAGGAACAGCUGUCUGUGUCAAAUUCACUCAACUCCAUGGCUGACAUAGCAGAACCCUCCACAAGUCCCCUUGGGGCCACAGACUCCACAGAUGAUUCUGCUGAAGAUGAUGAAGAUGAAGAUUCUGAGAUGGAUGACUGGGAACCCCGUCACCUUCAGACAUUCAAUCCACAUAACCUUUGGUGUGAGGAGUGUAAUGAUGACAACCCCUCCGUGUGUCUGAAACAUGGUCCUCUACACCCCAUUCCCAAUCGGCCGGUGAUGUCAAAGGCCCGAGCCAGUCUUCCUCUCAUCCUCUACAUAGAUCGUUUCCUGGGUGGAGUUUUCUCCAAGAGACGCAUCCCGAAAAGAACACAGUUUGGACCGGUGGAGGGUCCACUUGUUCUUCAUAGUGAACUUCAGGACCACUACGUUCACCUUAAACUGUGCAUGUUGGAUUCAGAGAAGGACGGAGACAAAGGAGACAUGUGGUUUGAACUGUCUGAUGAGGACAGCUGUAACUGGAUGAUGUUUGUCAGACCUGCCCAGAACCACCUUGAGCAGAAUCUCAUAGCCUAUCAGUACGGCUCAGAGAUAUUCUAUACAACCAUCAAGAACAUCCAACCUAAGCAAGAGCUCAAGGUGUGGUAUGCAGCAUCGUAUGCAGACUUUGUCAAUCAGAAGAUCCAUGAUGUCACAGAAGAAGAAAGAAAAGUGCUGCGGGAACAGGAGAGGAACUGGCCAUGUUAUGAGUGUAAUCGCCGGUUUGUGAGUUCUGAACAACUGCAACAACAUCUCAACAUGCAUGAUGAUAGCUUUCACUCUGUUACCAGAUCUAGAGGGCGUGGUCGGGGAAGAGGCAGAAAGAGAUUUGGAACAGGAAGAAGACCUGGACGUCCACCUAAAUUUUUACGUUUAGAUCCAUCAGUGGACCCUGGUGGACAUAAGACAUUAGAAAUGCUUGAAGCUUCAGGGAAGCUGCCACAUGAAGAGCGAGCAGAGGGAACUCACAAUGGACUGAAGGUGAUUGAGCUAGAACCGGAAAGAGAGCAAGGAUCUGAAGCAGAGGGCCAGCUCAUUCCUUCUGCAGAAGAACCGGUCCCAGAAUCAGUCACCCAGCCCUCCAAAAUGGACUUGCCCAUUGCCGUAAAAGAGGACCCCAUCCAGAGUAGCCAAGGAGAAACCCAGCUAACAUCUCAAGACAUGCACCGUGCCAAGAGGAUACGGAAUGCAGCGCUGCAGCACCUUUUCAUCAGGAAGCCUUUCCGUCCUUUUAAAUGCACCCACUGCGGCAAGGCCUUCCGGGAAAAAGACAAGCUAGAUCAGCACCUUCUGGUCCACAGCCGAGAGGCCUACGCGUUUUCCUGCCACAUGUGUGGAAAGGGCUUCAGCAGUGACUCGGCUUUAGAGGACCAUCUUUUGUUGCACUCGGAGCUGCGCACCUAUUCUUGUCUGUUGUGUCCAGAAAGCUUUGAAAAGCUGGACCUGCUGAAAGAACACGUGGGCGUGCAUGCUGUGGAUGGCUCCUUCUCUUGUCCCUCCUGUGAGAAGACAUUUCCUGACUUCAUCCAGGUGAAGAAGCAUAUUCGCUGCUUCCAUUCAGAAAAGCUUUUCCAGUGCUCAGACUGUGAAAAGGCUUUCUGCCGACCUGACAAGCUGCGGCUGCACAUGCUGCGCCACUCUGACAGAAAGGAUUUCCUCUGCUCAACAUGUGGCAAACAGUUCAAGAGGAAAGAUAAGUUGCGGGAACACAUGCAGCGCAUGCACAACCCCGACAGAGAAGCCAAGAAGGCAGAUCGAGCUCAGCGCUCCAAAAGUCUCAAACUGAAGAUGCCCACAACUGACUUUGAGAGUUUCAUGUUCAAAUGCAGAUUGUGCAUGAUGGGAUUUAGACGCAGAGGGAUGCUGGUUAAUCAUUUGUCGAAGCGUCACCCAGAGAUGCGUGUUGAUGAUGUGCCUGAAUUGACACUGCCAAUAAUCAAGCCCAACAGAGACUACUUCUGCCAGUACUGUGAGAAGGUGUAUAAGAGUGCCAGUAAGAGGAAAGCCCACAUACUGAAGAAUCAUCCUGGGGCAGAGUUGCCUCCCAGUAUCCGUACAUUACGCCCAGCUGGUCCUGGUGAGCCGGAUCCCAUGCUGAGCACACAUACCCAGCUGACUGGGACCAUCGCCACCGCUCCUGUAUGCUGCCCACAUUGUGCCAAGCAGUACAGCAGCAAGACUAAAAUGGUACAGCACAUCAGGAAGAAGCAUCCAGAGUUUGCUCAGCUUGCAAACACCAUCCAGGCUCCUCUGGCUACAGCAGUUAUCAGCAGUACACCUGCAGUCAUCAGUGCGGAUGGGACUACAACAGACGCUGUAGUGACCACAGACCUGCUGACUCAGGCCAUGACAGAGCUCUCCCAAACACUGACCACAGACUAUCGCACAGCACAGGGAGACUACCAGAGGAUCCAGUACAUCCCUGUGACCCAGGCAGGAGGCAGCCUGUCUCAACCACAACACAUUCAGCUCCAGGUGGUGCAGGUGGCUCCGGCUUCAUCUCCACAUUCCCAGCAUCCCACAGUAGAUGUGAGCCAGCUUCAUGACCCUCAUGGCUACAGCCAGCACUCUAUCCAGGUGCAGCACAUUCAGGUCACUGAGCCGGCAGCUACUGGACAAGGUGGUGCACAGGUCACAGGUCAGCCUCUAAGCCCCACGUCCCAACAACCUGGACAAGAACUGAGCCCUGCUCAGCUGACACCUGUAACGUUAGCUCAAAGCCAGAGCCACACCUUGCAGAGCAGCAGUACACCACAGCCAGGGAAUGUGCAGCAUGCUUACAUACCUGGGAACUGGAACUACAGAGGCUACUCAUCUGAGAUCCAGAUGAUGGCUGUGCCCCAUACUCAGUAUGUGAUAGCUGAGGCCAGCCCGCCAACAUCUGGAGUCAACAGCAGCCAAGUGAAAACAACACACUACGUUAUAUCAGAGGGUCAGACAGAGCUGACCAAACAAUCUGACGCUCAGAGCACCAACCAGGACCACACUGACCACCUGGAGCAGCAACCAGCCAAUCAGCAAUCCACCAUGCAGUACAUCAUCACCACAACCACCAAUGGCAGCAACACUAGUGAUGUUCACCUCACCAAACCCUGAAUCGUGCACUAACUGGAACAUCCAUUUCCUGAGGAUCCGUUGGCUUUUUACUCAGCAUUCAGAUGGUCCAAUGGCUCUGUGUCCACUGGACCGUGCACAACCAUCUCACGCACAGCUCUUUUUGCCAUGCCACCAUAUUUAAGCUGCUUAUUUACUUACACACACAGUUGCAGACACAACUUUACAUACACCUUGGCUAAAACAUUCAAAUCCAGUUUUACCUGACUGCCCAUAUUCGACUUUAUCAAACAGUAUGUCUACUUCAUUUCAAUAGUAAGUUAUUAUUAUUAUUAUUAUUAGAUUUAUUUCAGUUUUUAUUAAAUGUCAGAUUUUUAGGUCCGCAGAUUACGUACGGGUGCACCUCAGAAAAUUAGAAUAUCAUAAUAAACAUCAAUAUUUUUGUCAGGUAUUUCAGAAAGUAAAAAUUUUAUAUAUCCUCAUUACACAUAUACUAAAAUGUUUCAAGCAUUUUUUUUAUUUUAAUUUUGAUCAUUUCAGCUUCAAAAAAUAAAAUGUAUCUUAAAAUAUUAGAAUAUCUCCGAUCAUUAAAAAAAAGGAUGUAUAAUACAAAAAUGUCAAACUUCUGACAAGGGCAUUCAUUUAUGCACUCGGUACUUGGUUGGGCCUCCUUUUGCACAAAAUACUGCAUCAGUGUGGUGUGGAGACGGUCGGCCUGUUGCGCUGCUGAGGUGUUAUGGAGAGUCCAGGUUGCUUUGACAACUAAUCUUCAGCUUGUCUGUGUUGUUGGGUCUGGUGUUUCAUCUUCCUCUGGACAAUACCCCAUAUAUUCUCUGUGGGGUUCAGAUCAGGCGAGUUGUUGGCCAAAUCAAAUACUUUAAUGCCAUGGUCAGCAAACCAGUUACUAGUAUAUUUGCCGCUAUGGGCAGGUGCCACGCCCUGAUGGAAAAGGAAAUCGGCAUCUGCAUAAAGCUCGUCAACAGAUGGAAUCAUGAAGUGCUAUAAAAUCUCCUUGUUGACAGCUGUGUUGACUUUGGACUUGAUAAAACACAGUGGACCAACACCAGCAGAUGACCCGGCACCCCAAAUCAUCACUGACUGUGGAAACUUCACACUGGACUAAAACAAGUUGCAUUCUGUGCCUCUCCACUCUUCUUCUAGGCUCUAGGACCUUGAAUCCAAAUGAAAUGCAAAAUUCACUUUGAUCUGAAAAGAGGUCCAGUUCUUUUUGUCCUUAGUUCAUGUAAGACACUUCUGACAUCGUCUUUGGUUCAGGAGUGGUUGAUACGAGGAAUACAACACUUGUAGUCUAAUUCUGAAAGACAUCUGACCACGUGGUAAUUUUUGGUGCACUGACUCCAGCCUCAGUCCACUCCUCGUGAUGCUCCCCCAAGUUCUCGAAUCGGGUUUGUUUGACAGUCUUCUCAAGGAUGCGGUCAUCCUUGUUGCUUGUGCAUCUUUUCCUACCACACUUAAUUGCUUCCAGUUAACUUCACAUGAAGAUGCUUUGAUACGACACUCUGUGAACAGCUCUUUCAGUAACGACCCUCCUGUGGUUUACUCUCCUUGUGGAGGGUGUUAAUGAGCAUCUACUGGAGGACAGCUGUCAAGUCAGCAGUCUUCCCCAUGGUUGUUUGUGUGUACUCAACCAGACCGAGACAUUCAUGGCAUUUAUACUACAUAAAUAGUACUUGAAAUAACCACCUUCGACUUCUCCGUUUUGUUUUUCCCCCCCACUCAGGGUUGCCACAGCAGAUCUGAAAUGGAUCUACAUGUUGAUUUGGCACAAGUUUUCACCAGAUGCCCUUUCUGAUAUGAAGAAGGGGCAUGGGUGUCUUGAGCGGGUGUCGCCAACCAAACGGUCCCCCCUAAAAAUUGGUCUGCUCUGCCUUCACUGCACAUGCAUCAUUUGGGACCACAGCAGCUCGUCUGAGAUGGAGUCUCUUUACCCAAAGUGAUCAAAGGGAAUAAUGUGAUCAAUAACCAUCAGAUGAUAAAGUAAAACCUCUUAAAUCAUUUUCAAGUCAGUUUUAAGCAGAAACGAAGCGGUUUUAAGCAGAAAUGAGGAGAUAAUUGCCUCAUUUCACUACUGGUGCUCCAAAUGAUGUAGGUGCAACAGUAGCACAUCAGUCUCAGACGUCGCUUCCUCCGUCUUUUAUUACGAAAUAAUGCGGAAUUUAUUUGGAAAUGAUUGCUGUACAAAAG